GCGCGUGGCAGAGAUUUUUGAAAUUUGUUUGCAGCGCGAGAGCAGGAGAAAAAAGUAGCAAGUUAGCAAUUCAGGUUAUUUUUAGCUAAACUAAGCUAAGCUAAGCAGCAAACGUAAUAACGUAUAUUGACUAAAUAACGUAUUAUGAAUGGCUAAUAACGACACGGGUUUGUCAGAAGAGUUAUGGACGUUGUUGACAAACAGCUGUCAGAGAAGCUGAGCUAAGCUAGUUAGUUCUCGGAAAGUAUUUCAGAUCUAUGGCUGUGGGUGAGGAAACCAAAUCUGUGGGCACUCCACUUCCUCUUCCUGUCCACUUCACUCACGCUGAGCAGUCUUUCUCCCUCAAGAAGCGCCGUCUCCCGUUCUCUUCUUCCUCCCUCUCUUCGUCGUCUGUCUCUCCCUCUCGACCCCUCUCUCAUCUGCUCCCUCCUCGGCCUCCGUCGAAAGGCUGUCCUCCCCUGAGCCGAGUUUUCCCUCAGCGCCGGUCCUGCUGGACACCUCUGUCUCCGGCUCUGAUCAAAAGACCGCCGCCAGUUACCAUCUAUGAUCCUAGCAAGCCACAGUCCUUCUUCAGCCAGUGCUUUGUCAACCUUGGCCUCAUUGGGCAUGGUUCAUUUGGGGAGGUUUACAAGGUCCAUAGUGUCAUUGAUGGGCGUGAGUAUGCGGUGAAGCGAUCAGCCCAGCGUUUCCGCGGUGAGAGCGAGCGAGCACGCUGUCUUCGAGAGGCUCUGAAUCAUGAGCGUCUCCAUCCUCAUCCUCAUGUGCUAGGCUUUUGCGCUGCCUGGGAGGAGGCAGAGCGGCUCUACAUCCAGACUGAGCUGUGCUGCAUGAGUUUGCUGCUGCAUGCUGAGACACAGCCCAUGAUGACAGUUGAGCAUUGUGCAUGGGAAUACCUGUGUGAUCUGCUGUUAGCUCUGAGACACCUACAUUCGCAAGGGUUUGCCCACCUUGACCUUAAACCAGCCAACGUGUUCCUCACUCACUCUGGCCGACUCAAAUUAGGGGACUUUGGCCUGCUGCUGGAGCUGGAGCAAGGGAAAGAGAAGAAGCAAGUUAUGGCAGAAGGGAAAAAGGAGAAUGCCUAUGCGCAGGAAGGAGAUCCACGCUACAUGGCUCCUGAACUGCUCAGGGGAGAAUAUGGAUCUGCAGCAGACAUCUUCAGCCUUGGUGUGACCAUCCUGGAGCUGGCAUGCAGUAUAGAGGUUCCUAAAGGAGGAGAGGGGUGGCAGCAGCUCAGGAAAGGCUAUUUGCCCUCAGAGUUCACUAAUGCCCUGUCCCCAGAGCUGCAGCAUGUUCUUAGGUUGAUGUUGGCUCCAGACCCCAGAGACAGAGCUUCAGUGGAGCAGCUCCUGUCUCUGCCAUCCAUUCGCAAACACAGGUGGAGACGCCAACUCUCUCUUCGGCUCAGAGAGAGCUGGCUGUCUCUACUCACCCUAGGCCAGUAUAUCUUCUCUGCACUCAUCAGCCUGCUUUCAUACUUAAAUCUUCCCCUGAUUCCUUGCUGUGACCUUCCUGCUCCUCGUACACCCCCUCGGGAUUCCUGGGAUGUAGAUGGUGACCUCAGUGUCCUGCAGCACAGCAGCAGUCACUCUGAGUCAGCCAGUGAUGAUCCAGUAUCUCUGCCAGGACCGCUGGGGCUAGAACACUCACCUUCUUCAUUUGCACACAGACUCCAGCCCAGAUUCUCAGUAGGAAGCACCUCCACUCCACUCCCAGCGUGCACUCCUACACACACUCCCUCACAGACCUCCUUAAACACUCACUCACCCCGGCUCAGUCCGAUCAACUUGAGUUCUGCGAAACACUCUGAGCGCAGCUUUGAGCCCAAAAACCUGCUCACGCUCUUUGACGAAGUAUCUCCAGAGAGCGAGCCAUAACGAAAGAUGUCUUGUAUUUUGUUUCUAUAAGCUUUCUGAAAAAUGUUGCAAAGUUUCUGGCAUUUUAGACUUCUGUAUUUGCUGUUUUGUUUUUUGUUUUGUUUUUUUUCUAAAGACUUUAAUGGGAUUAAGAUUCUGUAUUAUAUAUCAGAGUGGUGCAAUGCAUCUAUGCAAUGUUGCUGGGUUUUGUUUAGUUUUUUUUUAACUCUGUAAAUAUGGCUGACUUUUGUGAUAAUUUGUGUUAACCUGUGUAUAUCAUUUGUGGAGCUGUUGAUGACUAAAUGUCAAAUUGCGCUCA